GAAUCAAAUUCGAAGGAAGGUACUCGACUUCCUUUCUUCUAACAAUUCCAUUUUAUUUAGUCUCAAGAUGGCUAAAAAAAUUAAGGACAUCCUUGAAACACUGGAUGGCCUUAACAAAGACGCCAGUUCAUUUGGUCUUCAGCAGAGAGCUACAGAACAUGUGUCUCCUGUACCUAGAAGAUCAAAUGUGGAGACGUUCUCUGUCAUGGAUGAAUCGACCAUUGUUGGAAGGGAAAAUGAUGUCUCAAAGGUGGUUGACCUGUUAGUCAAUCCUAAAGAUGAGCAGGUUGUUUCUGUUGUACCUAUAGUAGGUAUGGCAGGUCUUGGCAAAACUGCAUUGGCAAAACUGGUGUAUGAUGAUCUGCGUGUGAAAAGGCAUUUUGGUGUCAAAUCCUGGGUCUGUGUUUCUGAUCAUUUUAGUGUCAAAAAGAUUUUAGGAGCGAUGUUUGAACAGCUUACUGGUGAUAGACAUACCUCAAUGCCAGAAAAUAUGAAUGCAAUGAUUAUGAAGCUCAAGGAGAGGAUAGAAAAGGAUCAGAGCAAGUAUCUUCUUGUCCUUGAUGAUGUCUGGGAUGUUGAGAAAUGGGAGGAACUACAGCUUUGUCUGAAAGGAGUUAGUACAAAUGGUGGGAAUGGAAUUAUUGUCACAACACGCAUUCAAGAUGUAGCAUCAAAAGUGCAAGCCCUUCCAAAUCGAAGGCAUCAAGCAGGAAGACUAGAAGAUGAAGAAUGUUGGUCCAUAAUUAAACAACGAGCAUUGAUGGACUCUCCAAUAUCUCACGAAUUAGAGUUAAUUGGACAGGAAAUUGCUAAGCAAUGUCGAGGAGUGCCGUUGGUAGCUAAACUUAUGGGAGGGAUAAUGCGCAAAAUUGAAAUGAGUCCUCGCGCAUGGUCGAAAAAUCAAAGAAGUGAUGCAUGGGGUUCAAUGGAAAGUGUGUUAAAGUUAAGUUUCGAUCACUUGUCUUCUCCAUAUGUGAAGAAGUGUUUUGCAUACUGUGCCAUGUUUCCUAAAGAUUAUUGCUUUGGGAAAGAGGAAUUGAUCCAACUGUGGACGGCUGAAGGAUUUCUUGGCAGCUCCAUGGAAAUGGUAGAUAUUGGUGACCAAUACUUGAAUGAAUUGUUAUCAAAUUCCUUAUUUCAAGAUGUCGAGAAGGACAAAUUCGGGAAUAUUCUCACAUUCAAGAUGCACGACUUGGUGCAUGAUUUAUCAUUGUCUGUGUCAAAGUUUGAUACUUUGGUUUUUCGAGAAAAUUCCACUCUCACCUCAGAUGAGUGUUCUCAUAUUCGUCAUCUCAAUGUUGGAUGUGAUGGGAAAUUAUUACCAGAAAUCUUAAAGGAGGUAGCUCCACACUUACACUCACUGUUUUCAGAGAUUGAUGUGUUCAAGCAACUAUCAAUAAGCGUCACAAGAUUACGUGUCCUAAAGUUUGUCGGUGCUAAUUAUAUUCUUGAGUUGCCAGAUUCCCUUGGAGAAUUGAAGCACUUGAGGUAUUUGGACAUCUCAGGGACUUUUAUCAAAGCACUGCCUAAGUCCACAGCUAAACUUUACCAUCUCCAAACAUUAAGGCUCUUGGAUUUACCGAGACUCACCCUUCCAGAUGGAUUGGAAAAUUUGAUAAGCUUGACGCACUUAUAUUUUGAUAGUCGAGAAGUUCAGCCAGAUAAUAUUGGAAACCUAACUUGUCUUCAAACAUUACCCCUAUUUGUUGUGGGUUCAGAAAGGGGACGUUCGAUUAAGGAGCUAGGAUCCUUAAACGAACUGCGUGGAAAACUGAAGAUAUGCCAUCUUGGGGGUGUUAGAGACAAACAAGAGGCUAAUGGAGCAAAUCUGCACCGCAAGGAAAAAUUAUGCAAGUUGAUAUUUGAUUUUGAAGGGAGGCACAGUGGGGGUGGUUAUAACUGUGAAGAAGUGAUGGAAGGUCUCCAACCUCACUCAAAUUUGCAAAGCUUAAUUGUUAGGAAUUAUGAAGGUGAAAGCUUUCCCUCCUGGAUGUUAAAACCUGUUGGUGAUUCUAAUACUGGUUUGUUUUUGCUUAACAAUUUGAUGGAGCUGAAUUUUUACGAUUGCAUCAACUGUGAAAGUCUUCCACCUCUGGGCCAAUUGCACAAUCUCCAGUUUCUUGAGUUGAGAAAUAUGAAGAAAGUGAAACGCAUGGGUAAUGAAUUUUAUGGCAACGAAGGUAUUGAUGGUAUGAAUAAGGUGAUCAAGGUGUUUCCUGCAUUGAAAAAAUUCACCUUAAAUGGGAUGGCAAAUCUAAAAAAAUGGACAGCAAUGGCGGCCACAAAGACGAUCAUGUUUCCUUGCUUGGUGGAGCUGAAUAUUUGGGAUUGUCCCAUGUUGAAAAGUGUUCCACUUACGGGACAAUGUUCAUCUCUUGAAAAGCUUAGCAUUUUCGAUUGCAAAAACUUAAGCAAGAUUGGAGACGGAUUAUCUACCUCCACUUGUCUCAAAGAAUUAGCUCUAAAGAAUUGUCCUAAUUUAAGUUGGAUUCCAAAUUUGGAAGGAUUUUCCUCUCUUCAAAUUCUGUCAAUUGAUAGCUGCAAUGAAUUGGAAGCUCUUCCAAUAACUGGGAGGUGUUCAUCUCUUGAAAAGCUUAGCAUUCUCGAUUGCGAGAAAUUAAGAAAGAUUGGGGACGGUUUAUCUACCUCCACUUGUCUUAAAGAAUUAGAGCUAUUGUGGUGUCCUAAUUUAACUUCCAUUCCAAAAUUGGAAGGAUUUUCGUCUAUUCAAAAUCUGUCAAUUGAUAGCUGCAUCAAAUUGGAAGUUCUUGAGAUAUCCGGAGGAUGUUCAGCUUUUGAAAAGCUUAGCAUUUCCAAGUGUAAAACAUUAUCCAAGACUGGAGACAGAUUAUUUACCUACACUUGUCUCAAAGAAUUAAAUCUAGAAGAUUGUCCUAAUUUAAGUUCGAUUCCAAAUUUGAAAGGAUUUUCGUGUCUCCAAAAUCUGUCAAUUCAUACCUGCAACGGAUUGGAAGUUCUUCCGAUAAUUGGAGCAUGCUCAUCUCUUGAAAAGCUUAACAUUUUCGGUUGCGAAAAAUUAAGCAAGAUUGGAGACGGAUUGUCUACCUCCACUUGUCUCAAAGAAUUAGGUCUAAAGAAUUGUCCUAAUUUAAGUUUAAUCCCAAAUUUGGAAGGAUUUUCCUGUCUUCAAAAUAUCUCGAUUGAUAGCUGCAACAGAUUGGAAGUUCUUCCAAUAAUUGGAAGGUGUUCAUCUCUCGAAAAGCUUAGCAUUUUCGACUGCAAAAAAUUAAGCAAAAUUGGAGACGGAUUAUCUAACUCUACUUGUCUCAGAGAAUUAGGUCUAAAGAAUUGUCCUAAUUUAAGUUGGAUUCCAAAUUUGGAAGGAUUUUCCUCUCUUCAAAUUCUGUCAAUUGAUAGCUGCAACGAAUUGGAAGUUCUUGCGAUAACUGGAAGGUGUUCAUCUAUUAAAAAGCUUAGCAUUUUCAAUUGUGAAAAACUAAGAAAGAUUGGAGACAAAUUGUCUACCUUCAUUUGUCUCAAGGAAUUAGGUCUAAAGAAUUGUCCUAAUUUAAGUUGGAUUCCAAAUUUGGAAGGAUUUUCCUCUCUUCAAGAUCUGUCAAUUGAUAGCUGCAAUGAAUUGGAAGUUCUUCUGAUACAAGAGUUUCAAGGAAUAGAAGCCUUUCCGGAGUGGUUGGGAAAUCUCUCUUCUCUAUGGCGUCUAAGUUUGAUUGGUUUUGGAAAGCUAAAGAGUUUUCCUCACCAACUUCAACACCUCACUGCCCUUGAAGAUUUGACUAUGUCGGGGUUUCAUGAAAUAGAAGCCUUGCCAGAGUGGUUGGGAAAUCUCUCUUCUCUAAAGCGUCUAUAUUUGAGUGGUUUUCGAAAGUUAAAGAGUUUUCCUCACCAACUUCAGCUCCUUUCUACCCUUAAAUAUUUGACUAUAGAAGAGUUUCAAGGAAUAGAAGCCUUUCCGGAGUGGUUGGGAAAGCUCUCUUCGCUAAGGUAUCUAUAUUUGAGUGGUUUUGGAAAGCUAAAGAGCCUUCCUCACCAACUUCAUCUCCCCAGUGCCCUUGAAGAUUUGACUAUGUCGAUGUUUCAUGAAAUAGAAGCCUUGCCAGAGUUGUUGGGAAAUCUCUCUUCCCUAAGGCGUCUGCAUAUCAAUUCAUGCAAUAAACUCAUGUACCUCCCUUCUGUAGAUGUUAUGCGAAGCCUCUCCAAAUUAAAAACAAUUGACAUUUUGAUGUGUCCUCAAUUAGAGACAAGAUGUGAGAGGGAGAGUGGCCCUGAAUGGUCCAAGAUUUCCCACAUUCCACAAAUAAUUAUUAAUGGUCGGAGGAUCUAGUUUGGGCACGGAUACUUUUAAGACUGUUUGUGAGCAAAAUUAUGGAUAGAAAAGGAGAUGUUGAUAGGGCUUGCGUCAGUGUGUAUUGUUCUCCUUUCCAACAUUGAAGAGCUAUAAUAUAGAAGACAGCUUUGGUUCACCAAUGCAGUGUUGAUCAACUCUUCGAUCGGGGGCUUAUCUGAGGUUUGUCUGUGCUGAUUUUUGGAUAAUGGCUAGUAGGCUUGAGGAUUUCAAUUUGGAUUUUCCAUACGGAUUGGGUAACUUUAGGUUUUUUUUUAUUUUAUGAAUUACAAUAAUAGGGUAAUGUACGAAUUACAAAUGUCUCUUUAAUCUGCAUGAAAUAAUUAACUUUGUUGGAGUUAUAUGUUCUUUAUUGGC